AUGCCAACCAAUAAGAUGACCACUCUCGAUUCCUUCUCGACCAUUGAAAGUGCUGAUUGUGUGGAGACUUGUCCUCUCAAUCCUUCUAUCAUUACAUGUUGUACCUAUCAAUUAGUAACCAACACAACAACCAACACAAGCACCGAAACAAGCACCAAUACAACCACUCAUCAUCAACAACAACAACACAAAGGAACCAUUUAUCAUUUCAAAAUAAUACAAUCAUCACAUCUUGAACUUGUUCAAACUCUAUCUUCACUUCCGUAUGGAAUCUUUGAUAUGAAAUAUCAUCCUUAUUAUCCAUUGCUUGCUGUGUGUCAGACGAAUCGAACUCUUUCCAUCUAUCAUGUGAAAGGCAAAGAUUAUUCAGAAUUGGAAUUUAUUUGUGAUUAUUCAUUUCAUGAAAGUGGAAUGAUGACCAGUGUGGAUUGGAAUGACCAUCGUGAUGAUGAGCUGCUCUCUACUCAACUCUUAUUGACCUGUGGAGAUUCGUAUGGUCAUGUUCAUGUCUUGGAAUUAUUGAACUUUUCAUCGAUUAUGGAUACUGACAUGCAUACUGGUCACAAAGCCUUGCAUUCUCUUUCAUCAUCACCUCUCGACUCUGGCAACAUACAAACUGCUGUUUCGUUAUCAUCAACAUGUCAACUCGAUUCAAACAAUCACAACGUUCAAUUGUCACACCUUUAUACCUUUUCCAAUGCACAUGAAUGUGAAUGUUGGACCAGUGCAUUUCAUUAUUUUAAUUCUAAACUCAUGUAUAGUGGUGGAGAUGAUUCUCUCUUCAAAUUAUAUGACAUUCAUAAUCAAAAGAGUAUUUUCAAAUCAAUGAAUAUGCAUGCCUCUGGUAUUUGUUGCAUUCAACAUUCUCCUUUUAAAGAAUUUGAAUUUUAUACAGGUUCCUAUGAUGAUACAUUGAAAGUAUGGGAUUGUCGAAUGUUCUCGGCAUCUCAAAUGAGUAGUAGUUGUGGUAGUAGUUGUGGUAGUAAUAGUAGUCAUAGAGAGAUGAGAGGAUUCCAACCCAUUCAUACCUUUGAAUUAGGAGGUGGAGUGUGGAAUAUUAAACCCAAUGUGUCGUCGUUACUACGAACAAGUCCUCUAAGGAACAAUCCAUCAAGCCUUAUUGCGACUGCUACCAUGUAUAAUGGAUUUCAUGUGUUGGAUAUUUCCAAUCAAACCAUUGUUGCUCAUUACCUUCCUGAAGAUAAUUUACUGUCGUAUGGAAUUGAUUGGUGUGGUUCUGUUUUGGAGAUGCAUCACCAUGAUGAUGAUGAUACAAACCUGGUUGACGACCACCUCAGCACCAACCAUAUCGAGUUCGUUCGAAAGGAUUCGAAUCGUUUGUAUUUGGCGACAUGCACUUUUUAUGAUGGUACACUUCGAUUGAUUCAAAUGGACUUGGAGGAGUAA